AGUGCAAAGCAGUUUGUGCCACUCAGUACAUGGUGAAAAUGUUAGCCAUGACUAUCCUGAGAUGUGUACACGCUCUAGUUCCUAGUGUUUACGAUAUAUUACCUUACCCAUGGCACACAAACAAGAAAGACGUUUUUGCAGAAGACACCUAUUGGGACACCAAAGAUUCUUCUUCAAAAGGAUACUUUCUGAUGAGGUGAAACAUAUGAGGAGUGAGACCAUUUGCCUCAAAAUCUUUUGGGUCAUCAGGAAACCACAUCAAGCCGAAUAUCUGACAUGAACAACUAUUUAACAGAUAUGUUGUAGAACUUCAGAUUCGUCAUAUGCCAGAAGAGCUGGGGACAAAUUUGAACAGACCCUUCUCUAGCAAUACCAUGACACAACAAUUUGGACGAGAGACGCAGUUCUACCACCCGUUUGCAAUAGGGGUGUCUCGUGAGCACGUAUAUGUUGCAGAUCGGGCAGGGAGAGGCCGUGUUCAAUGCUUCACCUUCCGUGGGGAGUUUGUGAGCUACUUUGACUUGAGGUUUAAGAAGGAAGAGGACAGUGAGGCGAUCAACGGAAUUGAUGGACACGAGGAGGAUGAAACGCAUGAGGAUGAGAUGGAAGUGACUGAUCUGGAGACAUGGAGACAGCUAGAGCUAGAGGUGGAAAGUGGUGCGCUGAUUGUCGACGGCAAGGGCAAAGUUGUGUUUGUGGGACGCGGAAAACCGUGUGGAAUGGAGGAGUACACCAGCAUGGAAUGCACACCUGUAAUCUAUGCUCACAAUCCUGCCACCGAGCAGGCAACGAUCACCCAGAUCACUGGCGUGAUUGUUAGUAAAAUCGAGGAUGCACGACUUCUUCCUAAUGGCUGCAUUGCACUUGCUGAUCAGAAUCAAGUUCAUCUCUUAGACCCAGCGGGGUGUAUCAUGUCGAGUUUAGACUUGUACCAUCCAGAGGUGUUUCCCGAGAAUGCAUCAGAGACAUGUACAUGUGGCAAUGACACAGGCCAAGGAUCCUUCAUACGCUAUCCCGUACGUUUCACGGCAUGCAAGCAAGACCAGUGCAUUCUGCUACCCGUGUCGAUUACAAAGUAUGGCGAGAUCAAAGUCCUGGAUUGCAGGAAACAGACGGUUUGUUUCCAGUUUGGUUCCCUCGGAUUCUGCGACGGACAGUUCAACGGAACGGCAAAUUGCAGCGGACCUUACAACUAUCCCCGCGACUUGUGUGUGGACAUUUGGGGACGGAUCCUGGUUAGUGACUAUGGUAACUGCCGCAUACACAUGUUUGACAGAGAGGGGAGGUUCAUUAAGCAUGUUGUGACAAAAGGGAGCGGACUGCACACGCCCAUAGCAGUCAGAACUUCCCGCGACAGUAGGGUGGUGGUGCUCAAUGCUGCUCCUCCUUAUGUUCAAAUUUUCCCCUACGAACCUUAACAAAUAGAUGUGCUGUGUGAAAGGGACCAAGUGCUCUUCUAUUGUCUGUGCAAUUGUCUGUCUGUGCAAUUGUUACAAAAUCAGGCCCCUCCUUUUCACGUUGAAGAAGGACAGACAGCCACGUAAUAAGAUACACCAAAUAAUAGUGACUGGAUAUGAUUUGCCAAUGUCUUGUAAAGGCAAUUUCUUACUUUUGUUUCAUAUUGGACUAUAAUAACUUUGUUCCCACCUUACACAUUGAUUUGUAGUAAUAAAACCUGCUCUUUGACAGAUCUGCUAAGUGUGUCACUGGCGAAAGGUAUAGUGGAUAAAACGUCUGUUCUAAAAUAAUAUCCAGUUGCUUGUGUAAUUGCUAUUUGUCAGUUCCUCCUGUGAUUAUAAUCUCAUCCCUUCAGCAACUGUAUUACGCAAUGUAGAUUACAUGUGAAAAAGGCUUCCCUGGCAGUGAUCAUUAGAAGUUUAAGGGACGGCCCCCUGCUCACCUGGC